AAUAUUAGAAACAAAAAUUAUGAAUGAAAUGAUAUGUAUACCAGUAUUAUGCAAACUAAAAUAAAAUGAUCAAAUAAAAAAUAAUUUAUGAACCAAUUUACCAAAACAUAAAUACAUACAAAAUCUGGCCUCCAUCCCCGGAGUUUGGCUCCUCUCCAACUCUUGGGGAAUUGGAGGAUCUCCGCGCCCACCGGCCACCAGUCCUCUCCUCCCCCAUAACCCCGACCCACCCCUCCCCCAAGAACCCUAAUCGAUCACCACCCCUCCUCUCUCUCUCGUCUCUUUCAGAGCCUCCGGCGAUCGACUGUGAUACUCUAAGUGGUUGAGUUGCUUGGCUUACAAUGCAUCCUCCUCUAACUAUUCACAGGCACCCAAUGUGUGCGGAAAUUAUUGAGCAGUUCCAAAAGUGUCAUGUAGACCAUCCCGUUGCAAAAUUCUUUGGUGAAUGCACGGAUCUCAAAAUAAAGCUUGAUCGCUGUUUCCGGCAGGAGAAAGCUAUAAAGCGGAAGGCAAACUUUGAAGAGAGUAAGAAACUCAAAGAGAGGCUACAAGCUUACAGAAAGGAAACUAAUGAGAAAGACUCUGAUCUGACGCAAAGUUUGUGAAAUUUUGAAGAGAGAGAGAGAACCUAGAAGCUUCGCACCAAAUCCAGCAAAAUAAAAUUGGUGGGAGAUAUCAUGAAGGCAACCUAGGAGAUAUGCUUUACUCGUGAAAACCGGGCAGAAGAUACAAAAAUAAGGUGACAUCUCAGAAAGAUUUGUCAUGAUGCAGUGUGAUGUAGAAUCCAUAUGGUUCCACUACCCAGAUUUUUGUGUUGUAAGAAUGCUUUAUUCUCAGGCUUAUUCAGUUCAUAUAGUUUGAGAAAAUUAUUUUAUAAGGAGGUAGCAGAGGAUGUUGAAUCAGAUUCGUAGCCUCGAUUGUCGCACAUUCUGAACGAAUUGAAUGAAUUGAGUAGAGUACUACAACUGUGGUUCAUACUGAA